AUGGCAUCAUCCCAAUAUCGAGUACAAUCAAAGGUCGUAGGCCUUCUUACAACAAUAAAUUCGCUACCACCGAGUUACAAAUCGCAUUACAACACUGCCAAUAGCCAACAAACCAGCUCCAAUUCUGCCAACAAUCAUCAUUUCGUCACAGAUCAUUCGUAUUCCGAAUAUUCGCCGCUCGAUCUUUCGCGCAAACCAAUUUUCCAACCUCUUGUUCCUCUCAUCACGCCGCCAAGUACGCCUUCGCCUUUGAAGAAACGUUAUCGCGAACUCGAAUUUCGCGACGAAAACACAGAAAACAAACCAAAAAUCUUCAAAGCCGAAUGCCAAGUGACAAUAAAACCUGAAAAAACGGAAGAAAUUCCUAUUCAAAAGAAGGAAUUAGAAAAAACUCCGAAUAAGCCGGUGAAAGGAGUAAGUGCUCACAAAAGCAGUAAAAAUCCUCCGCUACCGACGAAAGAUUCGAAUGGCAAAAAGGCAAAGGCAUCGAGAAAACUCAAAUUUGAUGAAUGGCAAUCUUCGCCAGUUUCGGGCACGAUAAUUAGACCGUUGGAGGAAAUAACGGGAAAUACAGAUCAUCAGUCGGGUGAUAUUGAUCCGGAAUAUAAUAUUGUUGAGGCUACGGAUGAGGCUCGUGCGGAAAUUGCUACGAUUCCGAAUGUUAUUGGAGAUUACAAAUGCAAAUUGUGUCGCACGGAUUUCGAGGAUGUUUUUGAGUUGGCGAGACAUCGGUGUUCGUGCAUUGUCCUUUUGGAAUACCGUUGCCCCGAAUGCGGCAAAAAAUUCAACUGCCCCGCCAACUUGGCAUCGCAUCGUCGUUGGCACAAACCACGCGAUCAAGUCUCGAAGAAAAGUGAAAGUAGCAGCGACGAAAACCAAUUUCCCUGCACGGAAUGCAACAAAAGCUUCAAACGCAUGGCAUACCUGAAAAAGCAUCAAGCAACGCACAAAAACCCAAAAAAUAUCAAACUGAAAACGGAUCCCGCACGUCAACGUCUCAUAUCGCACAGCGACGACUCCUAUUCCAAAGACUCAAAUUACAGUACAACGAGCAGUAGUGUUAAUAACAAUAAUUACGGGCAAUUCGGUGCGAAAAGUAUCCCGACAAUGUCUGACAUCGUGUUCAAUUUUACAAAAGCCGCGGCGCAACAAAGAAUCGACGAGGAUGAAAGUAGUUGUUCGAGCGAAGAUUCGAAUCGACUACAGAUCAUCGCCGAUCGAUUCACGGAAGACGAAAAUAUCGCCGCUGCAGCAUUAGCACAUUUGAGACAUGGAUCUUCGGUGAUCAAACACACGACAGCCCUGCACGCCGUGUGA